CUUAACUGAGAACAGACGUGUUGCAAAAUAUCCAGCAAAAUUUCUAAAAAAGUGCAAGCAAUAAAGGAUUUUAUUUGCAACAAUACAAGAUCAGUUUUCGAAUACUCACAAAGUUUUAAAAAAUAUAAAAUUCCAACGCAUUCUGGUGCGCUACGACAAGAAACAGCGAGACGCGCCCGUCUCCUCACCUCCACCCAAACCCGCGAAAACAAACAGUUGAUAUUUUUGUCUCUCUUCAACCUACGAGGAAGCGCCGAGGAUAGGCGAGUGACGACGAAGUGCGCGUUGAGUGCGAAUAUUCUACAAGCUACGAGCGCGCUACGAUCCCCCACCGUUAAUGCUACGAAGCUGUGACGCAGCACGCAGGUACCGUCUACGACCGCUAUACUACGACGAGGAAUCAGGUACUUGCAUCACCCUGCUACGAACCGUGUCGUAGCGCGUCUCACCGACUGCAGUGCAAGUUGAGGUAAAAAUUGUUAAGCUCCCAAACGUCUUACACUCGCCGGCUGAAUGUGUUUUGAAAUGGUGCUUAUUUUAAUUUUAUUAAAGCGAUAACAAAAUCUGUAAUCGCCUUUAGAAAAUAUUACCUUAUAGUUCUAGUGGAAAAUGUUAUUGGCGUCAAAACUGAUUUUAUUUUGUUUCACUGUCGCAUUAAACAAUGAAGGCGCAGACGCAACUAGUGAAAAUGAAAACGAGUUUAAUUUUUAUGGUUAUGUCGACAAGAAUAAAUUGAGGAAGCUUGUUGAAUUUAUCAAUGAAAGUGAAAGAACAAAUGUUUACAAUGAAGCCGCUGUUGUUAAUCUCUUUGAUGGCAUUGACGUAAGAAAUCCAGAUGAAUUGAAAGUCGCAAUGAAACAUGUUCAGAAAAACUUUGAUUAUAAAGAAAUGGCUGACCUCAUGGACAAUACUCAAACUAGGAUACAUGUUAUAGAGAAUCCUGAGGUGUUAAACGAUUUUCUGGAGGAAAUUGACAGGAAAGACUGGUCGGCUAAUACUCCUUCUGGGCGACGAAAAACACUGAGAAGAUAUGGGGAGUACAGAGAUGGAAAACAUCGAUUUGGAAAACGUAUGUCAGAUGAAGCUAAUGAUAACUGGGGCAAAUCAAUGAAAAGACAAAAGAGUUCAGACCGAAGUUACUAUGGAAAAAAGUCUAGAGAACACGAUUUUGACAGAAAUAAAAAGAGAUAUGAUCGCAUCAACAGAUAUGACAGCAGAGGAAAAGACACGUUUGACAGCAGAGAGAAAUUUGAUAACAAACAGAAAUAUGGCAGAGCUAAAGAUAUUGACACAAGAGAAAGGAACGAUGUAAGAAAUAAAUACAACAGUGAUAAAAAAUAUUACGGCAGAGAAAAAUUUGAAUCUAGAAGCAGAUAUGAUGAAAAAAUCUAUGACACUAGAAACAAAGUAAACGAUAGAAAUAAAUAUGAUGAAAAGAAAAAAUUUUACGACAGAAAUAAAUUUGAUGAAAGAAACAAAUUUAAUGAAAGACCAAAAUUUUAUGAAAGUAACAAAUUGAAUGAAAGAAAUAAAUUUGAUGAAAGAAGCAAACUGGAUGAUAAAAAAUUUGAAACCAGUAACAAAUUGAACAAUAAAUACAAGAAAACUGAUUCACGUGAAAACGACAGACACAAAACUGCGUUCAGAUCUAAACAGAAAUCGAAUAAAUGGAACAGCAACGAGGAAGUGGAAAACAAGGACGGUUAUUUUGGUGAUGACUUCAAAAAAUCUAUAAUAACAUUGAAUCUAGACCGUUCCAGUGAAAAGAAUGGCAAACCUCAUACAAAUGAACGUAUAAAUGAAAACUUUUACGUGUCUAAAACAACGAGAAGAGAUUGGACGGAGGGCGAAAACAAGAAGCGGACAGAGAAAACGGAUUACAUUAAAGUCAAACCAAAAGUUAUAAGUUGGGACGUUGCCACUGACAAGAAGAGAGCAAAAAAAGUUGAAAUAGAAGAUUUCGCAGCGUUACCGUCGAAAUCAAAAGCUGAAUUCGGUGCUGUAGAUUCGACGACGAGGAAACAAAGCGACGAUUGGGAAACGCCGGCUGUGAAUUACGAAAACAAAUAUAAAAACAAAAUGGAGAAGCUGUACGAAUCUAAAUACAUACCAAAAAGACGGCCGGUUAAUAGAAAUGGCGGUUUCUCGUUUGGCAGAACGCCUAUACCGUUUGUCGGUAAAAAAAUUCUUUAUGCUGAUAAUUAAUAAAUAGAA